CAAGGAUCAUUCAGUCUAGUCUUGAGAUUAGAACGAAAGCUAUUACUUUCGAUUGCUCUCACACGCUCAUCCUUUCCUUGUACCAAUGUUUUAUUUUCAGAGGUUCUGUUCAAAGCAAAGGUGAAAAGAGUGAUGGAUUCUACUCAUGAGGCGUUUUUGUCUCUUUCUGAAGGCACUUUGAUUGAUGUUACUGCAAUAAAAUACAGCGACCACACCGAUCUGAUGGAGGGCGUGGUAAGAUACGGAAACUCAUUCAAUGCCAUUUGCUAUCACUGCCUUGUGAGAGGCGGAGGUGCAUAUCUGUACAGAAGGCUAUUAAACGAUACAGAGAAGUUUCAAUCAAAGGCAAACCAGGAAAGGGUAGAAAGGACAGUUUUUCUAAAGAUAGGAUUAUUAAAAUGGUCCGUUUGCGAAUCGAUAUGGGUGACCCAUCAAAAGGACGGCAAAGGAGCAGUACUUAUCGGUUUUGUCAAGGGUGGAUUGAACAAGCAGAAGCUCCAUAUCCACUCCUAUCGUAUACAGAAAUGGCGCUUCAAUUAUGAUCUCGACAGGCAAUGA